UCGCGUUCCUCCGUUCGUCUGCCGUCGUUCUCCUCGUGCCUGUUUGCGUGGUGUGUCGUCGUCAGUCGUCGUUGUCGUCGUCGUCGUCGACAACUUGCGACAAAUGUUCUUUCGUUGAAUUUUCGAUAUAGCAUCUCCCUUCAUAUACUCCGUAUUACGAGCUUUUUUUAUUACCUUUAAGAAUGUCGGCCGCCGAUGAAGUUUUCGAAAGUUGGGAGGAAAUGGAAGAAUCAGGGACUCUCGAUAAAAAACUCCAAGCUCUUGAGGUUAAUCCAGCUGAUGGAAUUGGUGAUGAGUCAAGGAGUAAAAAUAAUUCAAAUACAAGAAUUAUCAUUUUGGGAGAUGAAACGAUGAGAUCACAGUAUCCACCAAAGCCUACAGUGAAAAUACUAAAAAGGCCAGACAGAAAUUCUCCAGGUGAUGGAAUAUUAAUAAAUGGUGAUAAGCCAAAACAGCCAAUCAAGUCUUUGAAACAGAGAGAACAAGAAUAUGCUGAGGCAAGAAAAAGGAUUUUAGGAGAAGAAAAAAGUCCUGAAGAAAAAAUAAUAUCUGAAAUUAAUAGGAUACAAGGAAAAACUUUAAUAGCUAGUGGAAGUAAUUUACCCAUAAAUAUAACAAGAUUGCCAACUGGGCCAGAUGGAACUAAAGGAUUUAAUGUACGCAGGUAGCAUGUCUGAAAAUCCAAGAUUAUUACUACUUAUCGAGUUGACCUUUUCUCUCACCUCUAUACUGAUAAGAGGGGGAGAAGGCUGAGGCCAAAAGCAGUAAAUUGCUACCAAUAUCCUGAUUCGUACAGGACACCAUUUCUCUAUUCCAAGGAGAAAUGCUAUAAUUACUGCUUUCCAUGAAAGUGUGUUCAUAGAGGGAAAGCACAGAAAUGACGAUGUCUUUAUACAACUUGAGUCAGAAAUAACCAUGACUGUAUAAUGCUGCUUAAUAUUAUUGUAACAGUUUUAUUUUAUUGAGUUACAGAAUUAUACAUAAUAAAAGAACUUUUAUUUUAUCAUAUACUAGAUUUCAAAAUAAUUUGUUGGUGUAUCCUACUAUAGCUCUAAUGUUACAAUAGUUAGGGUCAAGG